GUUUUCUUCCUGUCAUAUAUCCGGUUAACGUUCAAGUUUUUAGCCCAGAAAGCUCUUAACUUUGCACUACCAUGGGUGAUACAAACAUAUCAGCAGUACUUCUAGAGAAGGGCAACCUGAAAUUGGAAGAAAGACCCAUCCCCAAACCUGGAAAAAAUGAGGUGCAGAUUGCGAUGCACUCUGUCGGGAUCUGUGGUUCAGACGUCCACUACUGGGUACACGGCGCCAUCGGAGACUUUGUGGUCAGAGCUCCCAUGAUCCUCGGCCACGAAGCCAGCGGCACGGUGUCCGAGGUCGGAGAGGGGGUCACUCAUCUGAAAGUUGGUGAUCGUGUAGCCAUAGAGCCAGGUGUGCCAUGCAGGUUUUGUGACUACUGUAAGGGGGGCAGGUAUAACCUGUGCCAUGAGAUGCAGUUCUGUGCCACGCCCCCUGUCGAUGGCUCCCUGGCCAGGUACUACGUGCAUGCUGCCGACUUCUGCUACAAACUUCCCGACCACGUGAGUUAUGAGGAGGGUGCUCUACUGGAGCCCCUGUCUGUGGGGGUACACGCCUGUAGGAGGGCAGGGGUCACCAUCGGAAGCAAGGUGCUUGUCUGUGGUGCAGGACCUAUAGGACUGGUGUGUCUGUUGGUGGCAAAAGCCAUGGGUGCAGCUCAGGUGGCCAUCACAGACAUUGACACCAAGAGGCUGGAGGUUGCCAAGCAGAUGGGAGCGGACUUCCCCGUGCACGUGACGACACGUGACGGGCGCGAGGUUGCAGACCAGGUCGUGCGUACGCUGGGCUGUAAUCCUGACGUUACGGUGGAGUGUUCCGGUGCAGAGCCCAGCGUGCAAACUGGCAUAUUUGCCACAAAGUCCGGCGGAGUGUUGGUGCUGGUAGGCCUGGGUCCCCCCACCAUCAACAUCCCCAUAGUGAACGCAGCUGUGAGGGAGGUGGACAUCAGGGGCAUCUUCCGAUAUGCUAACUGUUACCCCACAGCCCUGUCCAUGGUGGCAUCAGGCCAGGUGAACGUGAAGCCUCUGGUCACCCACAGGUUCAGUUUGGAGCAGACACUGGAGGCCUUUGAGGCUUCCAAGAAGGGAGAAGGCAUCAAGGUCAUGAUCCACUGUGACAAGAACAAGGCCUGAAGCUGAUAGGCAUGGAAA